GAUAUGGUAACCACCUGGGUUUUCAGGUGGGGUUGGACAGACAGACAAGGCAGACAGCCAUAGACUCCCAGACCCACAGAGCUGGAAGGGGUUCUCGGAGGUCCUCUAGUCCACCCCCCACUCGGUGCAGGCAAGCGCUAGUGCCUUUUCUCUCUAUCUCUAACGCAGCGCGUUUGGGAGAGCAAAGACCGUCCUCCGAGGAGCCAAGGACGUCACCAGGGGAGGAGGGAGGGUUUGGCUAGAGAAAAGUCCUGCCCUGCCUGGCUACUCAUCACCGUGCACCGUAGUCGGAGUCCCUUCUUGGCCGAGGCCCCUGGAGAAGCUGCUGCCUGCCUGGGUUGGGCAAGGGCAACUGCUUGCCUGCUCCCUUAUUUCUGCUCCCCGAGCCGCGCCUGCGCAGACGGGCUUGUAAGGGAGGGGAAUCGGCGGAGUAGGCGAAGAAGCCGGCCCCACUCUUGGCUCUCCCGCAGCCAGCCCGGCUGUUCCCCGCCUCUGCCCGGCCGCUCCUUGGACUUGGGUGAAGCCCCGCAGAAGAAGCAAAGCAAAGCACUGGGACGGCAGGUGAGGGAAGAGGGAAGGCCCCACCCAGGAGCGUUCAGAGGGAUCAGACAGAAGGAGGAGGGAACAACAGAGGAGGAAAACCUGAAGCCAAACAGAAGAACAAGAAGGGGCCUUCUCCCGCAGAGCCGUGUGACAUCUCUAAAACCAGAAUCCGAAAAACAACGGGGAAAGAAAGAGAACGAAAACUCUGCCCUGUGAGUAGGAAAAACUACUCACUACUAGUAGGAGUUGUAUCUUGCUGUAGGGUUCACAGUGGGAAAUGAACAGAAGGGAGAAGCCACAUAAAUGCUUGGAGACUAGAAAGAGCUUCAGCAUGAGUGGAAUUCUAACUAUACAUCAAAGAACCCACACUGGAGAGAAGCCAUAUCACUGCUUCGAGUGUGGAAAGAGCUUCAGUCAGAGUGGAUCACUUACUGUGCAUCAAAGAACCCACACUGGAGAUAAACCAUAUGAGUGCUUCGAGUGUGGAAAGAGCUUCACUGCGAGUGGACAACUUAGCACACAUCAAAGAAUCCACACUGUAGAGAAACCUUACGAGUGCUUCGAGUGUGGAAAGCGCUUCAGUGCGAGUGGACCACUUAUUGUGCAUCAAAGAAUCCACAAUGGAGCCAAACCAUAUAAAUGUUUGGAGUGUGGAACGAGCUUCAGUUCAAGUGGACCACUUACUGUGCAUCAAAGAACCCACAAUGGAGCCAAACCAUAUAAAUGUUUGGAGUGUGGAAAGAGCUUCACUUCAAGUGGACCACUUACUGUGCAUCAAAGAACUCAUACUGGAGAGAAACCAUAUCUAUGCUUGGAAUGUGGAAAAAGCUUCUCUGACAGUGGAAAACUUCGCAGACAUCAAAGAUUCCACACUGGAGAGAAGCCAUAUCAGUGCUUCGAGUGUGGAAAGAGCUUCUCUGACAGUGGAUCACUUACCAAGCAUCAAAGAACGCACACUGGAGAGAAACCAUAUCAGUGCUUGGAGUGUGGGAAGAGCUUCAGCCAAAGUUCACCACUUACUGUGCAUCAAAGAACCCACACUGCAGAGAAACUAUAUAAUUUAAAUUCUAAGUAAAGGACUAGUUUGAAAUUCGUAAGAUUUGAAACAGUUUUCAUUUUAUUGUAUAAUGAACUUGUAGAGCAAACUUGAAUCAUAGUACAUUUGGAUCUGAUAAAUAUCUUCUUUUUGUGGGCAUUAUGUUGUUUUAGAACAUAAAAUUGAUCUGAUUCUUGA